AUGUCGACACCAAGUGAACCAGGGAAUCUCGAAGAUGUUCCGCAAGUCAGCAUUAUCUCCUCCAAGGCCACGACAUCAUGCAACAAAAAGGAUCCCAAAUUCACCGCCGACCCAGCCAACAAACACAAAAAGAUUUCGGCCACCAUGGGCAGCCAGGAAGUGCCAGUCACGAAGAAUAAUCGAUUCAUUAACUGCUACAAGAUGCCGGGGUUUGUCAACAUCACGUCGCUAGAUGAUGUGAUUGUUAAUGCUGGAACAACCGCUAGGGCCACUAGCGCAGCUUGCGGUGACACCUACUACAUGCAUCAUUCCGAAGACACCGGCGAGCUGGUCACGAUUGGAAUCUCCGAUAUCUUUGACGGUAGCACGGAUCUGACCGGCCUCUACGGAUUCGACGCUUUCGCUUCAAAUCGCCAGUUAUUCUAUAUGGGCGGUAUCUACGCAGCGGACUGGGACGGGAGCAUGAUACCGAUGUACGAGGCGGCUUGCGACUGGGAUUUCUGCAACGAUUUCGUACCCUGGAAGUUGGAGGAGCAGAAGGUGACAUGCCAUAUUUUAACACAAAAUGACGCAGACGGGACGCGGACUUGUCUGGGAGAAUACUGCGUGUACAGCUGGUGGCCCGAAUCCUGGUCAACGGGCGCUAUCAAGACAGACCGAUAUUCUCGAGGCUGUUUUACACAGAAUUCGACACGGGCACGGGGACGCAUUGAGGUCGGGAACUAUUCGGUCAACUUUGGCGCCGAGAACCAUAUAAAUUACAUCAUAUGUGCUGAAGAUAACUGUAAUUUCGAUCUUGCAACGGCCGUAGCUUCAGCGGCCCGUUACCAACCGGAUUUGCCGGAAUUUCGCCUAUAUAUUCCUGACGUGCCAGAAGAAAUUACACCGCCACCUAAUGCAAAAACGACGAAGCCAGGAAAAACACAGAAGACCAAGUCGACGAAAGCCUCAAUAACCACUACAACAGCGGAGGCUUUGACUUCAGAAGCAGCACGUCCAGUUGAAGCAACGGAUAUGACGGACCCUGACAUCGAUCAACAAACUACCGUAAACCAGAAUCCACCCGCUUCCGGUGGUCUUGAAACGACCACGCAGAAAUUUGCCUCUUUUUUGUCGCAUUCAACUUCAUUGAUUCUUAUUUUAAUAUUGUUUCCCUUUGAA